AUGUCUGUACCCCAGGCUCCGCGAUGCAGCCUUCCUGAGCAAAUCGCAGCCAUCUUACCGUUAGCAGACUGCUUGUAUGACUCCACCAUCCGUGAGCCCACUCUCAUCAACCAGGCGCGCAAUGAGCUCGAUCUGCUUCGAUCGGUGGUUGAUCUGACGAGAACCUCAUUGGCGCUGCUCUGUGUGGACUACCCCGUUGUAGCACUCGAAAAGACCCUCGGUGGCUGUCGUCGAGCUCUGCUAGAGCUGGAACAGCUUCAUCAAGAGGCAGGUGAAGUGGGACCAGCGAACCCACUGUCCGAUAUUCGGGAGCGUUUCUCAUCUCUGAUCUUUGAGCUCAGCGUUAUGAAUGCUGAUAUGAUGAUAUCAUCACAGGCCAAUGUCAACCGCCUGUUGCGGGGGUAUAUUGAAGAUGUUCGAGCGGGGAAGCGAGGGUCUGCACUUGUUUCACAUGUCCUUGAUGAUGCUUCACCAAAGACGGAGAAGGAUGAAGCAUGGAAAAAGCUGCAAAAUGAACUUCAUGACAUUGGCAUUAUACCCGAGUGGUCGGAUCAAGACCACGGCUAUAUUAUUUCGACUCUACGGAAUGCUGUAGAGAAGGAGCAUCUCUUGGAAGGUAGUGGCCAAAAGACAGUUCCCCCAGCAAGGUUACCAUGGUCGAAAAAACCACCCUUGCCUCCAAAAAAUUCGAUGUACAACACAACGCCUACAGGAGAGCCACUCACGCUACCAUUUCAGCCGCAAGAAGAUUCUGAACGGGGUCUCUCCGACAAAGAAGUACUCCCCACGGAAGACUUCCCAAUCCCAGUCGCAAUGGAGAUCCAAGAUAUGGAUGAUACGCAAAAGCAAGUACUACCAAUUGAAGAAUUUCCUAUUCCCGUGAUCAUGGAGCCGUUCUUCUCAGGGAACGACGAUUCCGAUAAACAAGCCCUACCACGGGAAAAUCUUCCCGUCCCCGUCGAGUCUGAGGCCAGCAUUGAGAAUAGCCAGGAAAACAGAUCACAAAACAGCUCUUCUAUGAACGGUUCUUAUCGGCCAAAGUCAAUUCUUCGCAGCAAGAAGCCCAGCAUUGUGAAGCGCAUGAAGUUUAAGCUCACCGGAAGUAAAGAGGAAUUUGUGACCUUGAUUCAAAUGGGUGGACUGUAUUCCGUCAAGCUUUCCUUGGACAAGGGCGCUGAUGUGAACACAUUCAAUGACGCGGGAGAAACCGCCUUGAUGGUAGCGGUUUCCUUUGGUCACAAGGAUAUCGUCGAGCUACUCCUCGAGUACGGCGCAGACAUUAAUAGGAGGUCAAAUAAAGGCAACACGGCCUUGGGAACAGCUACACUGAUAGGCCGAGAAGAUAUCGUGCGAAUCCUGCUUGCGUUCGGCGCAAAUCCCGAUGCUGGCAAGAAUUUAGGGAAUACACCACUUUCACAAGCAGCCGCGGGUGGACACGAGAGCAUUGCUCGUCUUCUUUUAGACCGAGGUGCUGACCCGAAUGCACUGUGCACUAGUGGUGAUACUGCGCUUUCGCGAGCGGCGUUCCAUGGCCACGUCGAAAUCGUGCGGCAUCUGUUGAAAAAGGGGGCGGCGGUUGACAAGACGUCGUACCCUCGAAAGACUCCGCUUUGGCAGGCUGUUCAUCAAGGCAAGAUCGAUAUGGUCAGCUUAUUGAUGGAAUCUCUCGCAGAUCCACUGAAAAAGGAUGCGUAUGGUCAGUCGCCGUUGUCGUUGGCCUCCUCACUUGGGAAUAGCGAGAUAACUCGCAUAUUUCUGCAGUAUGGGUACCAUGCCAUCCCUAUCCAAUACUACUGA